AUGCUUAUAACUACAGUUUUUACAACUGCCACAGAGCCUCCGGUUGAUGCACCAAAGUUUAUCUUGAAUGACGGAUUGCCAAUAAUAGAUGGUGUAAACUCGUCCCAAGUCAGCCUUUCCUGUGACGCUGAAGGUGGCUUCCCUGCAGUAAGCUCAAUCAACAUUUCAUGUCUUGGGCGGAAUAUCAAGCACGAUGGAAAUGCUUUAAAAUUAUUGCUAGACGUUAAGAAAGAGGAUGAUGAUAAGGUGUGCACAUGCUCAGCCUACCAUCAGUCAGAACGCUAUACAAAUAACACCUCUAGUUUGACAGUCGUAGUUUUU